AUGCCAACCCUCCCUAUGCUGCCGACACUCAUCCGGCGGUUCUCCCUCACCAUCUCGUCGGACCUGUUUCAGACGGACGUGCAAGACGGUGAUGACGCCCACGCCGUGUGGACCAAGCUGAACGGGCCCUUCACCGACAAUCGUCUUCAACGUCGCGUUCUUUUGCAACAAGGGUCUUUUGGAUGCCACCAGGACAACUCCUCCGUCGACGACUAUUGUCGCCGUCUCAAGACUCUCGCUGACAAGCUCUGUGAUAUUGACACGAAGAUUGACGAUGAUCUCCUCCUCAGCACGCUCACCGCCGGCCUCAACGAGGACUUCGGCAACGCCGCGGCGAACCUCACCCUCAUUCUCGAGCCAUCCUUCGCCAAGUUUGUGGCUUACCUCCGGCUGGAGGAGAGUCGGAUGAAGCAGGUCAAGGCGCGGGCCAUCCACACCGCCAUCGCCGCCGACACCACACGCUGCGGGCCACCACCACCACUCGCCGCCCCUCCACCGCCGCGCCACCCGUCGCCCUACCAGCCGCAGCAGCAGCCGCCGCUGCUGGCCUUGCCACAGCAGCCGUACGGGGCGCCGGCCCCUCCCGCGCCACCCGCUGAUCGGCGCCGCGGAGGGCGGCACGGUGGCCAGCAGCAGCCGCAGGCCGCGGGCCCUCCUCGUCGACAGCAACAACCCCAGGCGCCUCCUCCGUGGGCCAGCGGGUACAACCCGUGGACCGGUGUCGUUCAUGAGUACACCAUGCCGGUCCCACGGGCCCCGACGCCGACUCUUCCCGUGUCGCGCCCUCCGGCGCAUCAGGCGUACUACGCGGCCCCGCAGCCCUAUGGAGGGUACCCGCCGCCGCAGCUGAGUGGCGGCUACUGCUUCCCGAUGGCGUCUCCCUCACCUCUGCCGGCGCUGCCACCGGCGCCAUGGGAUCCGGCGCUUCUCGCCGCGAUGCACACCGCCACUACGCCGAACAACUACACUAGAGUUGGUGAUUGGUACAUGGACAACGGGGCCACUGCUCACAGGUUUGCUCAUCCUGCUAAUCUUUUCUCUUUCACUCCCAUCGCCACCGCCCACCGCAUCAUUGUCGGUGACGGUUCCACCCUCCCUAUUACACACGUUGGGCACACUUCUUUUCCUUCUAAUUCCAUGCCUUUAUCUUUGUCUAACAUACUUGUGUCACCUCAUCUUAUUAAGAACCUUAUUUCCGUUCGUUGUUUCACUCGUGAAAAUCCUGUUACUGUUGAAUUUGACGAGCUUGGUUUUUGUGUCAAGGACACUCGAACUAGGAUGGUACUUCACCGAUGUGACAGCCCCGACGAGCUCUAUCUGGUGCAUCCGCCUUCCUCCACCACCACCGCACCGGUCGCACUCUCCGCUGGCGUUGAUCUCUAG